AUGUCUGAAAUCACUUUGGGUAAAUACCUCUUUGAAAGAUUGUACCAAUUGAAGGUGCAAACCAUCUUCGGAUUGCCUGGCGACUUCAACUUGUCGUUGUUGGACAAGAUCUACGAAGUCGAGGCUGCGCACGGAAAGGGCUCCAUGAGAUGGGCUGGAAACGCCAACGAGCUCAAUGCCUCCUAUGCAGCUGACGGUUACUCGCGGGUCAAAGGCUUGUCGUGUUUGGUCACCACCUUCGGAGUGGGUGAAUUAUCGGCAUUGAACGGCAUUGCUGGCUCCUACGCUGAGCACGUCGGUGUGCUCCAUGUCGUCGGAGUACCCUCCACCUCCUCGCAGAACAAGCAGUUGUUGUUGCACCACACCUUGGGCAAUGGCGAUUUCACGGUGUAUCACCGUAUGUCGGAACAGAUCUCGGAAACAACUUCAUUCAUCAGGGACAUCGCUGCUGCCCCCGCUGAGAUCGACAGGUGCAUCAGAGAGGCCUGGGUCAAACAGAGACCGGUCUACGUUGGAUUACCUGCCAACUUGGUGGACCUCACUGUGCCUGCCAGCUUGUUGGAUACUCCCAUCGACUUGAAGCUUCCGCAAAACGAUACUGAGGCCCAAGAAGAGGUCAUUGACACCGUGGUGUCAUUGAUCCAAAAGGCUUCGAAUCCCGUCAUUUUGGUCGAUGCCUGUGCCUCCAGACACCAUUGCAAGAAGGAGGUCAAGGAGUUAGUGGAAAAGACCCAGUUCCCCGUCUUCACCACCCCUAUGGGUAAGGGAGGUAUUGACGAGGGUGGAGUUGAUGGCGAGUUGUUGGAAAACGAUCCAUCGUUGAUCUCCAAAGUGGCUGCGAAAUUGAACGCAGGCUCCAACUCUGCAUCCAGAUUUGGAGGGGUCUACGUGGGUACCUUGUCCAAGCCCGAGGUCAGGGAGGCAGUCGAGAGUGCCGACUUGAUCUUGUCGGUUGGAGGGUUGUUGUCCGACUUCAACACCGGCUCUUUCUCGUACUCCUACAAGACCAGAAAUAUUGUGGAAUUCCAUUCCGACUACACCAAGAUUAGGCAGGCCAACUUCCCUGGUGUCCAGAUGAAGGAAGCCUUACAGGGAUUGAACAAGGUGGUUCAGGCUGCUGCUUCCCACUACAAGCCUCACCCAGUUCCCAAGAUCAAGUUGGCCAACACGCCAGUUACCCACGAGACCAAGCUCACCCAGGAAUGGUUGUGGACCAGAGUUUCGUCCUGGUUCCGCGAAGGUGACAUUAUCAUCACCGAGACCGGAACCUCGGCCUUUGGUAUUGUCCAGUCCAGAUUCCCCAAUAACACCAUCGGAAUCUCGCAAGUGCUUUACGGAAGUAUCGGUUAUUCGGUUGGGGCCGCUUUGGGUGCGGUGAUGGCGGCUCAGGAAGUCGACCCAAAGAAGAGAGUCAUUCUCUUUGUAGGUGACGGUUCAUUGCAGUUGACUGUGCAAGAAAUCUCCACCAUGAUUCGGAAUGGAACCACUCCCUACAUCUUUGUGUUGAACAAUGACGGUUACACCAUCGAAAGAUUGAUCCACGGUGAAAAUGCUGGCUACAAUGAUAUUCAACCUUGGAACAACUUGGCCUUAAUGACGGCGUUCAACGCCAAGGACUUCGAUGCCGUGAGAGUGUCCACUGUGGGUGAAACUGAAAAGUUGCUUAAGGACCCUGAAUUCGGCAAGAACUCCAAGAUUAGGAUGAUUGAGGUGAUGUUGCCUAGAAUGGACGCCCCUCAAAACCUUGUUAAGCAGGCCGAAAUCACCUCCAAGACCAACUCCGAAAGCUGA